AUGGUAUUGGAAUACGCCAAUGAAGGAAAUUUAAGGGAUUAUUUUAAAAGAAAAUUUGAUUCAUUGCAGUGGGAAAAUAAGAUUCGAAUGGCGUUGGAUAUUACGUGUGGAUUAAAAUGUUUACACUCUGACGGCAUAAUCCAUAGAGACUUGCACUCAAAAAAUAUAUUAGUAAAUAAUGGUAGACUAUUAAUUGCAGAUUUUGGAUUGUCUAAGCGAUUAACGGAAGUUACAUCUAGUUCAAAAUCUAAUAAUAUUGGAAUUAUUGAAUAUGUCGAACCACAAUGUUUAAGGAGUGUAAAUUAUGUAAAAGAUAAAAGGUCUGAUGUAUACAGUUUAGGUGUUUUAUUAUGGGAAAUUACAAGUGGGCAUCCUCCCUUUCAUACGGUAGAACGAGAUAUGUUAGGUUAUCAUAUUAGUCAUGAGAAUCUUAGAGAAGAACCAAUUGAUGGUACACCUUCAGAGUACAGACAACUUUAUCAAAAAUGUUGGGAUGGCGAUCCAGAGAAAAGACCUAAUAUUAAUGAUGUAUACAAUGAAAUUUUACGACAAUAUGCCAAUGAUGCUAACGAACAACAAGAAGAUCCAUUAGCUGCAUCUAUUAGUGAUAAUCUUAAUAGUUUAUAUAAACAAUCAGGCCAAUUAGGUCUAUGCAUAGAAACCUGCUCGAUUGACUGUAAUCGUCAAUAA